CUUCGCUGCGCCACCCCAAGGGCGGAGAGAAAGGUCCGCUGCCGGGGAGGCAUCCGCCGCGAGCUCUGAGAAGUGCGCAUGUGCGCUGACCCCGGCGGGCCCUAGCAACCAGAGCAGUGACAGUAGCAACCGCCGGAAUGGCAAAAGCAACAACAAUCAAAGAGGCCUUAGCCAAAUGGGAAGAGAAAACUGGCCAGAGGCCAUCUGAAGCCAAAGAGAUAAAGCUUUAUGCCCAGAUUCCCCCAAUAGAGAAGAUGGAUGCCUCCUUGUCCACACUUGCUAAUUGCGAGAAGCUUUCACUGUCUACAAAUUGCAUUGAAAAAAUUGCCAACCUGAAUGGUUUAAAAAACUUGAGGAUAUUGUCUUUAGGAAGAAACAACAUAAAGAACUUAAAUGGACUGGAAGCUGUAGGGGACACAUUAGAAGAACUGUGGAUCUCCUACAAUUUUAUUGAAAAGUUGAAAGGGAUCCAUGUUAUGAAAAAAUUGAAGAUUCUCUACAUGUCUAAUAACCUGGUAAAAGACUGGGCUGAAUUUGUGAAACUGACAGACCUGCCAUGCCUGGAAGACCUGGUGUUUGUAGGCAAUCCUUUAGAAGAGAAACAUUCUGCUGAGGGUAACUGGAUUGAGGAAGCAACCAAGAGAGUGCCCAAACUAAAGAAGCUGGAUGGUACUCCAGUAAUUAAAGAGGACGAGGAAGAAGAAAAUUAACACCAUAUUUUCCUCUUUGUGUUAACUUAUUUAAAUGUCAUGAGAACAGUAGAUAAGUUUUGUAUAAUUCUCUAUUUUAAAGAUUCUGUGUGGGACAGAAAGUUCUUAAAAGAAAUCUCAUUUCCAAUGUUUUUUUAAACCUAUUCACAGUGUUCCUCCCCCAAACCACUAACACUAACUUUAUAUAGACUAGUUUUCUUUUUGGAAACUACAACUUUUCCAUUUUUGUCUUUAUUCCCAGUUAUAUACUGUGUGGACCUAUCUAUUGAAAUGUACAGCCCACUCAUUUUAAAAGCAAAGGAACAAAUGUUGUGUAUUGAUUUGUUUAGUAAUUUUUAGGCCAGGGAUUUUAAAAGAUAUUAUCUUGAAUCUUUAGAAGGUCCCUCUCUUAUGACUCAGAAGCACAAAUGUAUCAUGUCUUAAGGGUUCUUAAGGGAGCGUGGUGAUGGGAAAGAGUACCUCUUAGAAGUACAUACAACAGCAGUCCUAGAACCAAGACUCAAAGCCCAGUUAGAAAAAGCUAUGGUAUGAAAGGAAGAAUUAGUAUCUUGGAGGCCUUCUAGCCCACGUUACAUUGAUUUAUUUGUUUUUUCCAAAAACGUGUAGACUGUCAACUGGAAUUUAGGUUGUGUUUACAUGCAUGGCCACUUGAGUCGCUGUAUACAUACAAUCAGUCAUUCUGUGAUCCAGGUUAGCAAUUAAAAUGACUGUCGUGGCUCUCCUUUGACCAGUAUGACCAAGUUAUGCAUGUGGACCUGGCCUAAAACACGUUUUUUGGUUUAUAGUUCCUUAUAAAGUCAGUAGCUCUAGCCUAAACAUCAACCAUUGAUAUGUGUCACAAUUUGCCCCAAUGAUUUGGUCUCCUGAUCCUCUUGUGGUUAGAAGGGUACAGAUCUGAAGAUUGAGUUUGAUACUUCUCAAUAAGUGAAGGUUGUGUCCAAAUAUAUAUACAUAUACAUUUAAAAACAUACAUAUAUAUUUUUUUGAGAAGUCUAAGUUGAAAAGUUCAGAAAGUAUAUUGUGUAAGUGGUUGUGGAGGGAAGAAAGAAGAGAUGUUUCAGUGUGGGAUCCCAGGCAAAUGGCAGUAUGUUUGAGGAUUGCCUCCUAUGUGAAGCUUGCAGAUGAUUUAACCUCUGAAUUGCAAAGCAAUAGUUAGAUGCAGAGAUUAGAAUCUAUCAUGUAAGAAAAGUAAUUUUCUGAAAAUGCAGGAUCAGGAACCAGAUGAAGUCCAUAGCAGGUCACGAGUGAAUCACUAACAGACUGCAGAAAAGAAGUCAGGGGCCUCCUGCCAAAUUGUGCCUAAAGUCUCUCAGCCAGAGACUAUUGAUUCUUAUUUCCCCAUCUAAUGAAAGAGGGGAGAGUCAUUUUUUUUAAAUGAUUGCAUAAGUUGUCCUAGGUUUUAGAAAUCUAUAGCUAUCACUUACGAAUCAUUUGAUUUAAAAGUCAUUCUGAUCAAAGGGGACCACCGCUUUGACAAUCAACUCUAAAUCCAAACAAGAACACUUAGUCUAACCCCGUCACUCACUCGCUCUUUCAAUCUGAUAGGAAGAAGCCUUUUCCCUGAUUGGCUUUUACAUUCAAAUCUUCAUUGUUUCUUUUGUGAAGCAUAGGCAAAGAGCCUUCAUGCUCCUUGGUGGUGUUUAAGGUCCAUAAACUGAGUGGGAAGGUGAUCUUGUAGUUUACACUUCAUCCAGUAGGCAAGCUUGAAGCCAUAUUCCUACAUAUAUGUAUAUUUUCUAAAAGUUAUUCUGGAAGUGAAUAUUAUAGAAAAUGGAUGACUUUGUAUUAAAUUUAUUUAUGAAAUAAUUUACAGUAUUAGCAUUUGAUUUUUCUGAAUUCUGCAAUGUAGAUAUUAAUUUUUUCUUUCUUUAUGUCUUUUAAUCACUGGUGGUUCUCAGAGAAAUGUAAGGUGCUUUUCUUUGUCCAUUUUACACAAAAUUCACAUUCAAUUGCAUUCAACAAAUAUUUGAAUGACUUCUAUGCAUCCCUGUUCCUAGAAUUAAAGUCAGAAUCUGUACAAUUAGAAAAUAGAAGAUGUAUGAAGUUCGGAAUAGUCUCUCGAAGCAUUCCUUUAUCAUCCUUUUCUGCUGCAUACUUAGUUUAUAUUUAAUGCCUUUGGUUUAUGCCUCUGAGAUCAGAAUUUGACCUAUGUGAUAUGGACAAUUCCUGUGUUCCUAUGUUAGAGGAUCAUUUAAACUUCUUUUUUUCUUCCAUACUGGGGAAUGAACCCAAAGUCUUUGCACUGAGCUACAGC